CUGUCCGCAGUCUCUGGUCAUCCCUGUGCUGUCCGCAGUCUCUGGUCAUCCCUGUGCUGUCCGCAGUCUCUGGUCAUCCCUGUGCUGUCCGCAGUCUCUGGUCAUCCCUGUGCUGUCCGCAGUCUCUGGUCAUCCCUGUGCUGUCCGCAGUCUCUGUCUCUGGUCAUCCCUGUACUGUGUCUGCAGUCUCUGGUCAUCCCUGUACUGUGUCUGCAGUCUCUGGUCAUCCCUGUACUGUGUCUGCAGUCUCUGGUCAUCCCUGUACUGUGUCUGCAGUCUCUGGUCAUCCCUGUACUGUGUCUGCAGUCUCUGGUCAUCCCUGUACUGUGUCCGCAGUCUCUGGUCAUUCCUGUACUGUGUCCGCAGUCUCUGGUCAUCCCUGUACUGUCCGCAGUCUCUGGUCAUCUCCUGUACUGUGUCCGCAGUCUCUGGUCAUCCCUGUACUGUCCGCAGUCUCUGGUCAUCCCUGUACUGUCCGCAGUCUCUGGUCAUCCCUGUACUGUCCGCAGUCUCUGGUCAUCCCUGUACUGUCCGCAGCAGUCUCUGGUCAUCCCUGUACUGUCCGCAGUCUCUGGUCAU